AUGGCCCACAGCGACAGAAGGGGAGAGGAGAUCCUGGUUAGCGUUGCGUCCCACAUCUUCCUCUGUGAGCAGGGAGGGACGGCGCAGGUGGCCUCGGUGCACAGCUGGGCCGUCCCGACGCAGAGCGACGGCCGACUGCUCAUCGAAGACCUCGAGUCGCGCGUCAGGUACCGCAACAUACCCUGCCCCAGGACGGCACUGCUGUGCCUCGAGAACACUCACAACUUCUGUGGAGGCACCGUGCUCUCCGUCAACAACGUGGAACAGGCUGCCCGCUUUGCCAGGAGCCACAACAUACCGCUUCAUAUGGACAGUGCGAGGAUCAUGAAUGCGGCACCGUACCUGGGCCUGCCGCCCAAGAAUCUCCUCAAGGGCUGCGACUCCGUCAUGAUUUGCAUUUCAAAGUCUAGUCAGCGAAAGCUUGGCCUGGCUGACCAUUUUACAGGGUCUUUCGUGCCCCGUCGGUUCACUGGUGGCCGGAUCAAAAACUUCAUUUACAAGGUAUCGAGAGCUCGCAAGUGCCUCGGCGGGGGCAUGCGCCAGGCGGGAAUCGUGGCGGCAGCCGGACUCGUGGCGCCUCAUUUUAGGUGA